GCAAAAGAACUUCAGACUCUCCACAAUCUUCGGAAGCUGUUUGUUCAAGAUCUGGCUACUAGAGUGAAAAAGAGUGCUGAGAUUGACUCGGAUGAUACAGGAGGCAGUGCUGCACAAAAACAGAAGAUUUCCUUCCUUGAGAAUAACCUUGAACAGCUUACAAAGGUUCACAAGCAGCUGGUACGUGAUAAUGCAGAUCUUCGCUGUGAACUUCCUAAACUGGAGAAGCGACUUAGAGCUACAGCUGAACGAGUUAAAGCUUUGGAGUCUGCACUGAAGGAAGCCAAAGAGAAUGCUUCUCGUGAUCGCAAACGGUAUCAGCAAGAAGUAGAUCGUAUAAAGGAAGCUGUAAGAUCCAAGAAUAUGGCUAGAAGAGGACAUUCUGCACAAAUUGCUAAGCCUAUCCGUCCUGGUCAGCAUCCAGCAGCUUCUCCAACUCAUCCAAGUGCAAUUCGUGGUGGAGGUGCGUUCACUCAAAACAGCCAGCCAGUUGCACUGCGUGGAGGUGGAGGACGGCAAGACAAAGUUUGCUGAAAAGUAAGUGCAGCAUGAGGAGGAUUGGAUAUCGUGUAGAGGGAGUCAUUCCAUGACAAUAAUCUCUCCCUUUGGGGACUGUAGGAUUAUUUUUUGAAAAUGUAUAAAUUAUACCUGGUCUGUACAGCUCUUCCCCCUUCUACCAAUUCUGCUAACUGAUUCCCAAAAAAAAACUAGAGUGCAAUUUUGGCAUCUUGAAAAAUGACAUGUUACUUAAAGUGUAGCUCUGCUCAUUACACAGUUUGUCUUUCAUGUCUUAAAUUUAGUCUGCACUGUGCCAAGCUGAAUGUACAUUGAGAAAAUCUUAGUUCAAAUUUUCUAGCCUAAUUUGUGUACAUCUUAUCGUCUUAGGGAAUGUGCAACAGUGUUUAAGUAUGCUUUCAUUUUUAUCACUUCACAUAACACUAUGUGUCCCACUGAUUUAGAGCGGCACUCUACAUUACAGUUUUCUUUUGGAAUGCUACAUAGAGCAUUGGAACUAAAUUUAUUUGUACAGUGUAAGAAUACUGAAGUGUGCUUACGACAACUGCCAUAAGGCACUGCGAUUGCUGCACCACAGAGCUAAAGAGUUCAAUAUGAACAAGGCUGUUUUAACUGUUAUCUGAUUAAAUGCCCGUUUAUCGGGUAAUUUAGAAUUAAAUAUUGUACAGUAAUAAGAGUAAACCUCAGUUUACAAAAAAGACUUUGGCAAUGGAUUAUCCCAUCUGUCCUGUUCUUGAUUCUACACACAGUACAGUCUGGUGGAGUGAAAACAUUCUGCUUCAUUCUGAUGAGCCUGUCUAUCCAUUUGUCUGUAUCUGUGACGGUUCACUUUUGCUCUUUUACAAUAGUGAAAUGAGCACCAUCUAAAAUUUAACUUGAUAUUCCACUACAUACAUAGUACUGGAAUUUUUGGCUAAAAAUU